ACAGGCAAUAAGCUUCUUUAUCUCAUGAUAUAACACCCCUAACAAAGAGUUAGACAUACUAUCAUGAUUAAGAGCUUCAAUACAUAACAGACUAUCACUUUCCACAAUAAUUUUGGAAAUGCCCAUAGUAGCACCUUGUUGCAAACCUCUGAAAAUAGCAAGAAGCUCUACACCUUCCGAAUCUUCCAUCUGGAAAUCAGCUUUACUUAUUGCCAUGAGAACUUUACCCGACGCAUCCCUCAACACUACCCCAAUCCCUGCCUUAUUCCACUCAGAAAAACUUGCAGCAUCAACAUUUAACUUGAGCCAAUCCGACGGGGGAGAGGAUGCACCUGGAGUUUUCAGAUCAUAUCCUGUGUUGGCAUUGACAUGGACGAGCAUGCGGCUUCUGCACCUUUGGCUACGUUAUCAAUCGCUUUCAGUUCUACUAUUUAACACAGGUAAAAAUAUCAAGGCCGAAGACCGGGCUUAGCCCACUAGACCACCACUAGGGGACAAGAGGGGAAGCAUGGAGAUAAGGGAGAAGGAGGUGUCAGAAGGCAAGAAGAGGGUGUCAGAAAAUAAGGGAGUAGUGUCAGAAUAAAGUGGGAAAUGGAGAGAUGUUUAGAAAUGCAAAGUAGACCAUGCCUCACCACUACAGGGGUCACACAGAAAGAGGUAUCAGAUAAAAGGGGAUGUCUAGACAACUUAAAACAGGUUCUUCUUCAGCUACAACUUCAACCUCCUGAAAGGGAGCUCCAGCUUCUCUAGCAAACAUAUUCGAGAUCACCAUUAUACAGUAAGAAAUGAGAGUCUAUGAGAGAUUGUAAACAAGAAUAUUAUAGUGGAUUUCUUCUCUUCAAAUGUCCAAGAACGUAGGCAUUAUAUUGAACUACAUAAAUCUGUAUGUUCAUUUUUCUUUAUUUUCUUUGCCCUUAUUUUCUUUUUAUUGCAGUGGAUGUACACACCAACACCGUGCAGCCGCAUCGUACCAUUGCCAGGGGUAUCAGACCACACUAAUCGAGGCCUGAAU